CACCCGUGCCGCCAUAUCUUUUGCAUUCUCCAAUGACAUUACAGAACCUGACAAAUCCAUGAUGGGAAAAACUUCUUGCAUACAGCAUUUUUUAUUGCGUUGGAAUGAGCUAUACUAUACGGUUAUGUAAAUUUCUCUGUUGUUCAAAUCUGUGUGUAAAAGAUAAACACUGUGCCCAGUAACCGCGCGAUAUUUAGAAAUUAAAGGACAUCUAUGGAUGCCACGGACGAGAAAAAAGAGCACACAAGCCGCAUUGCUGAUGCGAGCGGCGACGGCAGCACAGGUAACGCUGAGACAGCAGCCGGAAGUCAUAACCCGGAGAAUAUUUCACAGUCAGAUAUCGCAUGUCCAUCCGGCCAAGGAACGACAUCGGCUCCGGAAACAAUUACCAGCCAAAGUACUGACCAAAUACAUGUUGCAUCGGCCUAUGCUGAUGAUAAUCUGCUGGAGAAAUCUGAAUCAGCUAAUGCACUUUCACCAUUAUCACCGGCUAAGAGUGAUGAAAAUUAUUCAGACGUGGCUUCGUCACUAAAAGAUGGGAAACGGUGCCCUCUCCCCGGUUGUAAUGGCAAGGGACACGUAACAAACCUGUACCAAUUUCAUCGCAGUUUGAGUGGCUGCCCGAAUCGAGACAAGGCUGCUCCAGAAGUAAGUUUUCUCUCCGUGUGUGAUUUAGUUUGGGCUAAACUAAGCGGAUUGGGGAUAACUAAUCCGGCUCGCUGCACCUACCCGGGUUGUUCUGGACGCGGUCACGUCAACGGGAGCAGGAAUUCUCAUCGAAGUCUUUCGGGAUGUCCAUUCUUUGCGGCUACCCGUCCCGCAGCAGCACCCCCGACGAAGCCGGCCUCUACCCCAAGCAAUGCAGGAUCAUGUAUUACAACGGACAUUCCACCGCGUUCGGCAUUCACAUCCCUGCGAACGGGUAACAUUUCACCGGUACAGAGUCCACUCAGUCCACGCCAGAUUGUACCAAAAGCUUCCAUCCCGCCGGCACUGUCCUUCCCAUUAUUCUCACCGUAUCCCGCUGCUGCUGCUGCACCGUUUCUGAAUCCCUUCCAGUAUUUCCUUACCUGUGGUUAUCCCUUCGAUCCCAGCGCGGCUGCCUACUUUUCCGGCUUCACUGCUCCCUAUCGCGGCGUCCUAUCCGGCCGAUUAGACGCAUCCGGCUUAGCCAGCGCACACCGCCAGCUUCCCAUCCAUAAUUAUGAUGAACCAAUAGAUCUUACUCUACCGAAAGUGCUGGUGAAAACCAUUAAUAAGGAUUUAAAGGGAGACUUACCCAUAAUUGUCGACGAUCACCGAUCUGCGGACUCUGAUGACAGUCUGUUGGACAAAGAAUCUUCGCGGAGUUCGUUUGACAACGACUCGUGGGCGUCUAGGCACGAUGACGAAGAAAGAAAACCAUCACCAACACUUCUGGAUAAAGAAAAAUUUUGUUUGGCUGAAGUAUCAGGUCGCACUAUUACCGGAAAAUCGUCUGACACGAGCUCCAGCCUGCUAGAUUUUAAAUGCCCUACGCCGGGGUGCGACGGAACAGGACAUAUAACGGGCCACUUUGCUUCGCACAGGAGCUUGUCGGGAUGCCCUCAAGUGCGCAAAUGCGAUAAAAUUGAACGGGGUGAGCCUCUAAGAUGCCCCGUCGAAGGAUGUUUUGGGGUGGGCCAUAUUUCCGGAAAAUUUUUAAGCCAUCGAAGUGCUUCCGGAUGCCCACUGGCCACUCACAGGCGUUCUCGCGACUUGCGGCAUCGUAGCAUAGAAGAUCUUUCAAAAAAUCAGCUAAAAAGGACACCAGAUAGCGAUGAAAUUGCCCACAACGAUCAUACCGGUACCCCACCAUUUCCUAUCAGCACAAAAGCCUUCAAACGUCCGAAAGGGAGUAACCAAGAGAUAUCCAUAAAAAAGGAGCAGUUCGAUCAUUCAAAUCUUCUUCCACUACAAAGUAUGCUACAGAAUUUACCAGAUAACAGCUCGGACGACACAAUCAGGACUGAAAAAUCUGGAGUGGACACUAAAGGAACUGUCGCCAAAGCGGUUCCCCUAAAGAAAAAGCAGAAAAAACUGGCCAACAACCUGCGCGCAUUACUGACACAUUUAAUUCCGCACGCUGAUCAUCCUUCGGAUUCCGCUGAAGACGAUGCCAAAAAUUAUCUGCAAGCAAUUCGAAAUCACAUCGGCACGGAAGCUUACGAUGCAGCAGCGGAAGACCUGAAAGUUGCGGUGCAGUUAGCUCUUAUGCGUGACCAGCACGAACCAGAACAGCUACAGCCAUAACCACAAGCACCGAAAAGUUAAUCUACUAACACACCGUCAACAGUAGCUGCUGUAUCAAGUUUCGACAAAAAGACGUAACACUGCGUCUAGAAAUUAACUGCUUAAGAGAAAAUUACUCGAAAUCACUAAAUAAUAAUUACAAGUUGCAAAAUCGAAUCUGGUGUACAGGUGUGUUUACAGUAGUAGUGCCAAAAUACGUGCGAAAAUUAUCCUGCUAUUUUCC